UCCAUCCGCGCGUCAGAAGUUUGCGGCUAGGCAGCGAAAGGUAGCUACAGGAACAAAGUUUGGGAUAGACUCCCUUGUUAGCUGUGCGGGUUUCUCCCGUGGAAGUAAUAAUAUUUUUUUUUAAACUAAAACUUAAAGAACACCUUAAACAUCGGGCAGUCAACGGCCCGUAGCGCAGACUCCAAAAAAAGCAGGCUCUUCCACAGAAGAAGCUUGGAACAUUGCAAAUGUGAAGUGUUUGGAUGCGCUGGAGAGGACUGUGCUUUUUUAGCAUAGUUUCUAGUGCCUCCGCCUUUGAAAAUGCCUUAAGGUCCUCGUGUUGUAUUUCAGCGUUUCAAAUAGAACCGCUUGUCUAUUUUCUCCCUAAUUAGCGAACUUUUAAUUGAUUUUCUGUGCCAAAUUACUUGGAUUUUCCACACUCGCGCCCCUAACUGACAGCAACGAAGGUGACAACAAAAGGCCAUUGCAUAAGAAGUGGGACUUCACAAAAAGCGGAUUCACUUUUGUGGGAGUCAAAAAAACGAGGUCCUGGUGGACAAAAUGGCUACCGUUGCGUCUCCCGGCGACACUGCCGAGGGAGCGGCGAACAACGAAUUCAAUGACAUCAUCAAAUGGAGAUCUGAUGAGCAUGAUGCAGUGCAGAAGAAGACCUUCACCAAAUGGAUAAAUGCUCAGUUCUCCAAGACAGGGAAGUCACCCAUUAAAGACAUGUUCAGUGACCUGCAGGAUGGCAAGAAGCUUCUGGAACUACUCGAGGGACUCACAGGAAACAUCCUGACCAAAGAGCGAGGGUCCACCAGAGUUCAUGCCCUCAACAACGUCAACAAAGUGCUUCAGGUCCUAAAUCAAAACAAUGUGGAUCUGGUAAACAUAGGAGGAACAGAUAUUGUUGAUGGGAACCACAAGCUGACUCUGGGUCUCAUCUGGAGUAUUAUCCUUCACUGGCAGGUGAAGGACAUUAUGAAGGAUAUCAUGUCCAACCUGCAGCAGAACAACAGUGAGAAGAUCCUGCUGAGCUGGGUGAGGCAGUGUACCCGCUCCUACCAGGACCAUGUCAACGUGCUCAACUUCACCACCAGCUGGGCCGACGGACUAGCCUUUAACGCCAUCCUGCACUGUUUCAGGCCCAAUGCGAUGAGCUGGGACAGGGUGCUGAGCCUUAGUGCAGUCGAUAGACUGGACCAUGCCUUCACUGUAGCCAAAGACCAACUGGCCAUAGAGAGACUUCUGGACCCUGAAGACGUGGCGGUGCAGUUGCCAGAUAAGAAGUCCAUCAUUAUGUAUGUGACGUCCCUGUUUGCUGUCCUUCCCAAAGACGUGACCAUGGAGGCCAUCCGUGAGGUGGAGACUCUGCCUCGCAGAUACAAGGUGGAGCCUCACGAGAGCCAAGGUCUCAGCGGCACACAGGCUCAGGUUGAGAUGGAGGUGGCCGGCUCCAACCUCACAGAAACCCAGAGCACACUAACAGAGGCAGAGGAGGACUUGGUCAUGGGGGUGGAUCUGGACUCCUACCAAACCACUCUGGAGGAGGUGCUCACCUGGCUCCUGUCUGCCGAGGACUCCCUGCAAAUGCAGGAGGAAGUGUCAGACGAUGUGGAGGAGGUCAAGGAGCAGUUCCACACUCAUGAGGACUUUAUGAUGGAGCUGACAGCCCACCAGAGCAGCGUGGGGAACGUGCUGCAGGCGGGCAACCAGCUCAUCUCCCAAGGCAACCUGACGGAGGAAGAGGAGGAGGAGAUCCGUGAACAAAUGAGUCUGCUCAACUCCCGCUGGGAAAAUCUUAGAGUGGCAAGCAUGGACCGACAGGCCAGGCUCCACGAGGUCUUAAUGGACCUUCAGCAACAGCAGUUGCAGCAGCUCUCCGAUUGGCUGACACAGACUGAGGAGCAGAUCAGAAAGAUGGAGAUGGAGCCGAUGGCAGGAAACGUGGAGGGCUACAAGGCCCAGAUAGAACAGCACAAAGAAUUGCAAAAUGACCUGGAGGCCGAGCAGGUGAAGGUCAACUCUCUGACACACAUGGUGGUAGUGGUGGAUGAGAACAGUGGAGAGAGCGCCACUGCAGCCCUGGAGGACCAACUGCAGUCACUUGGGGAGCGCUGGGCAGCAGUGUGUCGGUGGACCGAAGAAAGGUGGCACAAGUUACAAGAUGUCUUAUUAGUGUGGCAGCAGCUUCUGGAGGACCAGGAUUUUUUCAAAGCUUGGCUGACAGAGAAAGAGCUGGCAUUGGGUGAGGUUCAGACCUGCCACUUCAAGGACCCGGCCGAGAUGAACACUAAUGUCCGCAGAUUAGCGCUCCUAAGGGAGGAUAUGGAGAAGAAGAGGCGGACACUGGACCAGCUGCGGGAUGCUGGACAAGAUGUGAGGUCACUUCUGAGGAGUGCCGAAGCGGGGGAAAGGAUCGAGGGAGAAACAGAGGAGCUGACCCAGAGAUGGGACAACCUGGUUCAGAGACUGGAGGACUGCUCCUAUCAGGUGACUGAUGCUGUGACACAGGCCGCUGGGAUGUCUCAGGUGGAGGAGUCUGUCGCCAUGGAAACGCUUGUAAGGCAGACUGUUGUAACGGAGACGGUCGUCAGAGGGCAGGUCGUGAUGGAAACGGUCACUGUAGGAGCUGCAAAGCUUGAGAGGGUGCUUGACGACCAGGGACUGGCCCCACCUGGUCCUCCGAAGAGACGUCUGGUGGAGACAGACGAGUCAGGAGAAGUCAGGAGAGGGUUGGAAAGGGACCUGUUUGACCUCCUGAGCUGGCUAAACACUUGGAAAGCCUCAGCUCAGACCCUGGCGUCUCCUGAAAAACUACAGGCUUUGGAGGCAGAGCUGUUGUCGAAGGAGGCUCAGGUCGGUCAGGUGAUCAAAGGAGGGCGGAUCUUAUUGGAACAGCUGGAGAGAGAGGGAGCGAGCGUUGACUCUAUCAGGUGUGAAAUAGAUGGGGUGGAGACCGAAUGGGAGGCGUGUGUCGCUGAGCUGAAGGCUUUAAAGAACUGGGUCCAGGCCCAGACCCGGAUCAGGAGCUUCUCCUCUGAGCUGGCCGAGGUGGACCAGGUUCUCGAAGAACAGCACCAGUGGCUGAGUGGACCAACAAACACGGCCGACUUAUCCACCUGUCAGGCUUCCGCAUCGCGUCAGCUAGAUAGCAGAGAGCAGGGGGUCAAGACAGCUCUGACCUCGGUCCAGUCUGUUGAUGACCAGAUGAACCAAACGAUACCGCUGGCUCUGGGUCACCAGAUUGCUGUGGGCGAUGCUGGUGCCAUUUCCCAAUCAGCGCUCAAACCCAUCGCCGUGGACACUGUGGACUCCGGGCCUCAUACCGCGUGGCUGGACACGGCAGAAGCCAGAUCUGCUGCCAUAGAGGAUCUGGAGGCCAGACUGGGCAGACUGAGGGAGGGGGUGGUGGGCAUGGAUACAGUGGAGAGGGCCGUGGAGCGUGCACAGGCUCUCUGUAUAGAUAUAGAGCAGAAGCAGCAGGCCUCGGACUCGGCAGAACUACAAAGAUGGAGCCAUCUCUCCUCCAGGGCACGUGAGGAGCUGGGCACAUUGCAGUGCCUUCUGGGUAGCCUGAAGGACAAUCAGGUGCGCGCGGUGGAGGUAGAGCGCUGGCUGGACGGUGUGCAGGAACUGAUGUCACGGGAUGCCACAGCCCACGGAGAUGCCCAGAGGCUACAGGAAGAACUCAACCAGUGCAAGGCGUAUGUGAGUAAAAUGGAGUUGGUGGAGGGUUCAUUGAAGCAGAUGGAAGAGAAUGUAUCAGCGGUGCGGGCGGUUGCAGUACCUGAGCUGGCCCACUGGGGGCUGGCUAAACUGGAGGAAUACCAGGGGAGGUGGGAGAUGCUGAGCAAACAGCUAUUGAGCCACCAGGAGCGUGUAAGUGAAAGCCAGGAGAGGCAGGUGAACCUCAGGAAAGACUUGGCAGAGAUGCAGGAGUGGAUGACCCAGGUGGACGAGGAGUUCCUCAUGAGGGAUUUUGAGUACAAGAGUCCAGAGGAGCUGGAGGCGGCAUUGGAAGAGAUGAAGAGGGCUAAAGAGGAUGUGUUACAGAAGGAGGUGAGAGUGAAGAUACUGAAAGACAGCAUUAACAUGUUGGUGGCCAAGGCUAAGAUGCCCUCUGGUGGCGGAGGACAGGACCUAACAGAGGAGCUUGCAGGGGUCCUGGGAAACUACCAGAAACUAUGCGACCGCUUCAAGAGCAAGUGCCACACGCUGGAGGAGGUGUGGUCCUGCUGGAAGGAACUGUUGCAGUACUUGGACCUGGAGCAGGGAUGGCUGAACACCCUGGAGGAGAAGGUUCAGGCCACAGAGAACCUACCAGAGAGCACAGAGGCCGUCAAUGAGGCUUUGGAGUCGUUGGAGUGUGUGUUGCGCCAUCCGGGUGACAACAGGACUCAGAUCAGGGAGUUGGGCCAGACACUAAUAGACGGGGGCAUCCUGGACGAACUCAUCUCAGAGAAACUAGAGACCUUCAACUUCCGCUACGACCAGCUCAGCCAUCAGGCUGUAAACAGGCAGAUCUGUCUGGAGCACAAGCUGGCUACUCUGAAGGAGAAUGAGCAGGCUCUCCAGGCUCUGCAGGAGUCACUGACCCAGCUAGACAACAGGCUUACCUCCUACCUCACAGAUCGCAUAGACGCCUUCCAGCUACCACAGGAGGCCCAGACCAUUGGUUCGGAGAUUGCGGCCCAUGAGGUGACGGUGGAGGAGCUGAGGAGUAGGAAUGUGGUUAACCUGCCUCCUGCAGCCCCCGAGGGCAAGGCUACCCGCAGUGGAACCAUGUUGGACCUGUUGCAGCGUAAGCUGCGUGAGAUCUCUACUAAGUACCAGCUGUUCCAGAAACCUGCAAACUUUGAGCAGCGCAUGCUGGACUGUAAGAGGGUGCUAGAUGGAGCCAAGGAAGAGCUACAUAUUCUCGAUGUCAGGGAGGUGGAACCUGAAAUGAUCCAGGCACAUCUCAGUGGCUGUAUGAAGCUGUAUAAGAUCCUGAGUGAGGUGAAACUAGAGGUGGAGACGGUGAUAAAGACUGGGAGACAGAUCGUCCAGAAACAACAGACCGACAACCCCAAAGGAAUGGACGAACAACUGACAGCUCUCAAACUGCUCUACAAUGACUUGGGUGCACAGGUGACAGAGGGCAAGCAGGACCUGGAGAAGGCUCUGUCUCUGUCGCAGAAGCUACACAAGGAGAGUGCCGCCCUGCAGGUUUGGCUGACCACCAAUGAGAGUGUGCUGCGGCAGAAGAACUCCUCUGGUGACAUGCCUGCUGACAUAGACUCUGAGAUCGCCUGGGCCAAUGGCCUGCUGAAGGAGUCGGAGCGUCGUAAGGCAGACCUGACUAUGCUGACGGAGACCAGCGCUGGGCUGCAGGCUCUAGUCGAGGGCAGUGAGGGCGUCCUGGAGGACAGGCUGUUUGGCCUCAAUGAGGGCUGGGGACAGGUCCGUACCUGGAUCGAGGACUGGCUCAGCACCAUACUGAGCCAUCAGAGCGAGGUGGAGAUCUUCGACGAGAACCUGGCCCAUAUCAGCACGUGGCUGUACCAGACCCAGAUCCAUCUGGAUGAAACGGAAAGACUCCCCACCGCAGAGAGAGAGAUAGUGGUUAAAACCCUCUUAGAGGAGCUGGAUGACAUCAGCCUCAGAGUGGACAGUGUAAGAGACCAGGCCAUUAUCCUGAUGACCAGUAGAGGCCCUGCCUGCCGUGACGUUGUGGAGCCCAAGCUAGCUGAACUCAAUCGCAACUUUGACAAGGUUUCUCAGUGUAUCAAAGCAGCCAAGCUGUCCACCACCCGGGAGCCUGGAACCGUGGAGAUGAUCCAGCAUAUCCAGCAGAUCUCUCAGAUCCCUCACCAAAUCUCUCAGCUCCAACAUGACCAGAUCGCCGAGCUCCAGCAGAGCCAGUCUGAGGAGGCCCUUAGCUCCACCCUGAUGCAGGCCUUCGAGGGGAAACUGGAGGCAACACUCCAGGCCCUGGAGGACCAGCCGGACACCACAGAUACCCCAGACGACGACAAGAUGGACGAGGAGAAAGCUGGUGUGGAGGAGCUGCUGAGAAAAGGAGAAGAGAUGCUGCUGCAGACUGCAGAUGAGGGCAAGAGGGAGGAGCUGAGACACAAACUGCUCCGGCUGCAGACUCGCUACACGGCACAGAUGGAGUUGAGGGGGCUAAGAGUUAAACAGGUGGAGGUCUCUUCUUUGUACAGCACAAAAGAUGCACACAGACAUGAUCUGACUGGAGAGCAGAUGGAGCCAGAGGCGAGGGCUCCCUCUCUCAGUCCCUCAGACUACCUGCUGGAUAUCAACAAGGUUCUGCUGGCCAUGGCUGACAACGAACUGCUGCUCAACUCCUCUGAGCUCAGCAGUGGCCUCUACGAAGACUUCUCCAGCCAGGACGACAUGCUGAGGAAUAUAAAGGAGAGCCUGGAACGUGUGGGAGAGCAGGUGACAGUGAUCCAUGAGCGCCAACCCGACAUCACCCUGGAGGCGUCUCGGAGUGAGGUGGGCCAGAUGGAAGACGCCCUCACCCAGCUCAACGCGGAGUGGGACCGCCUCAACCGCAUGUACAACCACCGCAAAGGGUGUUUUGACCGUGCCUUGGAAGAGUGGAGACAGUUCCACUGUGACCUGAACGAUCUGAGCCAGUGGCUCACUGACACAGAACAGGUCCUCACUGAGGGAGCAGGACCAGAUGGACAACUGGACCUUGACACUGUCAGAACACACCAGGAGGAGCUAGAAGAGGGCCUAGCCAGUCACGAGCCUGUCCUGACAGUGUUGUCCCAGACAGGGGAGAGGAUCAUCGGGCAGUUGUCGGCCCCUGAUGGGCCCCUGCUGGAGAACAAGCUGGAGGUCCUGGGGCAGCGCUGGAGGGCUGUACACAGACAGGUGCUGGACAGACAGCGCAGGCUUGUUGGAGGUGACCCUGCCUUAGUUGAACUCGCCAGACGUAGUGAAGACUUGACUCUGUGGCUGAAACAGGCGGAGUGUGCUGUGAGCUCUCUGCCUGUCACCGCUACUGACAAAAACCUCAAAGAACUUAAGGCCCUGGCUGAAGAAAUGGACGCCCAGAACGAGCGUCUCGGUUGGCUGAACAAGAAUGCCCCCCACAUCCUGGCUAAUAAGUGCAUGAGUUCUGUGGAGAAAGACCAGAACAUGAGCAAAAUCAGGACCAUCAACCUCAGCUGGAGCAAGGUGACUCAUGAGUUGUUAAAUAAGGUUGGAGAGGUGGAGGGAAACCUGCAGAGUCAUGGUCAGUUCCAGGAAAAGAUGAACCAAUUGACCGACUGGGUUCAGGUCACACACCAAGCCCUCAGCGGGAGAGGCGUCAGCCCCGCAGAGAGCCAGGUUUUGAAAGCAGCUAUGCGGGAGCGUAAGAGAGAACUUGAGGAUCUUCUGGCCCGCUCUAUAGAACUACAGAGACGACAGCAGUUGCAGCCCCAUGAGAAGAGUAUGAUAGAGCAGCUAGCAGCAGACUGGAAGGCUAUGGACGGCAGGCUGAAAGAUUCUCAACAACCCACUAUGUCUACUUUACAACAUCCUGUGUCUUUUCUAUGGACGCACCAUGUCGUCCAGCAAAAAGAAAAAUCCGCUCCCCCCUCCUCCAGUCCAUCCUUGGUGGUCCCAUCAGCUGUACAAAUGAGCGAGGAACCCUGCCACCAGACCUCACGCAGCCCAGAUCAGGUGGCCCCCACGGACCUGAACAAGACAGCUACCGAGCUAGCUGACUGGCUGCUGCUCAUUACACAGAUGCUCAAGUCCAACAUCGUCACCGUAGGUGACCUAGACGAGAUCCACAAUACCAUUGGACGCCUGCAGGUGACUAAGAGUGACCUGGAGCAGCGUCACACCCAGUUGGAGGACAUCUUCACGCUGGCCCAGAACAUCAAGAACAAGACUUCCAACCUGGAUGUCCGUACCUCUAUCACUGAGAAAUUGGAGAAGGUGCGGAACCAAUGGGACUACACGCAGCACGGUGUGGAGACGCGACUCCAGCAGCUGGAUAAUAUGAUUGGACACAGCAACCAGUGGGAGGAGCUGAGACAGGAGGUUAAGGCUCUGAUUAGUCAGAACGAUGGGCGCCUGCAAGAUCUUUUCCAUCUCUCCAGGGAACCCCUGACCAAACAGCUCAAUGACAACAAGCUCUUCUUGCAGGACCUGGGAAGAGGUCAGGCUGCUAUAACACCCUUUAACGAGCUGUCCAAUCAACUCCUGCAAGAGUAUUCCGCUGACGACACGAGGAGGAUCAAAGAGGUUGCAGAGAAACACAAUGAAGCUUGGAACAGCCUCAACAAAAGGGCCAGCGAGCGGCAAGCACGCCUGGACAGCGACCUGAAGGCUCUGCAGAUGUCCCUCAGGGAGCUGGAGGCCUUCCUCAAGUGGCUGCAGGAGGCAGAGACCACCAUAAAUGUCCUGGCUGAUGCCUCCCAGAGGGUGGAGCUUUCCCAGGACUCCGCCCAUCUAAAGGAGUUGAGGGGGCAACUGGAGGACAUCCAGGCAGAGAUUGAUGCCCAUAAUGAUAUCUAUAAAAGUGUAGACGGGAACAAGCCCAAGAUGGUCAAGGCCCUGGGCACUUCUGAGGAGGCGGUUUUCCUGCAGCACCGACUGGAGGACAUGAAUCAGCGUUGGAGCGACCUCAAGACCAAGUCUGCCAACAUUCGGGCUCAUUUGGAGGCGAGUGCGGAGCGUUGGAGUCGUCUGCUGAACCUGCUGGAGGAGUUGUGGAGGUGGAUUUGUCUAAAGGAUGAGGACCUGACCAAACAGAUGCCAAUUGGAGGAGAUGUCCCUACUCUGCUGCAGCAGCACAACCACUGCAUGGCAUUGCAGUCGGAGCUGAAGGACCGUGAGCAUGUUGUGGUCAGUACCCUGGACCAGGCACGCAUGUUCCUGGCUGACCAGCCCAUCGAGGGGCCAGGAGAACCACUCAAGAACCUACAACCCAAAACAGACUUGACACCAGAGGAAAAGGCGAGGGGCGUGGCCAGGGCCAUCAGGAAACAGACAGCGGAGGUGCAGGAGCGCUGGGAGCGUCUGCAGGGCCACGCAGGCGGCUGGCAGAGCCAGGUGGAGAGGGCUUUGGAGAGGCUACAGGAGCUCCAGUGCAACAUGGACCAGCUGGACCUGCGGCUAGCCAGGGCAGAAGAGACCAAGGCUGUCUGGCAGCCUGUAGGAGACCUGCUCAUAGACUCAUUGCAGGAUCACAUUGAGAAGACCACGGCCUUCAAGGAGGAGAUUGCCCCUCUGAGGCAGGACGUGCGCCUAGUGAAUGAGCUGUCCGGUGAGCUGGCUCCGUUGGACGUCCAGCUGUCCUCCAUCUCCUCCAGACAACUGGACGACCUCAACAUGCGCUGGAAACUACUGCAGGUGGCUGUUGAGGAGAGACUGAAGCUCCUUCAGGAAGCCCACCGGGACUUUGGCCCCUCUUCCCAGCACUUCCUGUCCACCUCAGUGCAGCUGCCAUGGCAGAGGGCUGUCUCUCAGAACAAGGUUCCAUACUACAUCAACCACCAGACACAGACCACCUGCUGGGACCAUCCAAAGAUGACAGAGCUAUACCAGUCACUUGCCGACCUGAACAACGUGAGAUUCUCCGCGUACAGAACCGCCAUGAAGAUCCGCAGGCUACAGAAAGCGCUGUGCUUGGACCUACUGGAUCUGAAUGUGGCCCAGAGCACUUUCGAACAGCACAAGCUUACCCAGAAUGCCCAGCUGCUGACAGUGCCAGACGUGAUCAACUGCCUGACAUCCAUCUAUGACGGGCUGGAGCAGCAGCACAAGGACCUGGUCAAUGUCCCGCUGUGUGUCGACAUGUGUCUCAACUGGCUGCUCAACGUCUUCGACACGGGACGCAGCGGGAAGAUCCGUGUCCUGUCCAUGAAGAUAGGGGUGCUGUCGCUCUCGAAAGGCCACUUGGAGGAAAAAUACAAAUACCUGUUCAGCCAGGUGGCAUCGUCGGGCGAUACGUGUGACCAGAGACAGCUGGGUCUGCUGCUCCACGAUGCCAUCCAGAUACCAAGACAACUUGGAGAGGUUGCCGCCUUUGGAGGGAGUAAUAUUGAGCCCAGCGUCCGGAGCUGCUUCCAGCAUGUGACCAAUAAGGUGGAGCUGGAACCCAGGCAAUUUGUCGAUUGGAUGAGGCUGGAGCCCCAAUCCAUGGUGUGGCUUCCCGUGCUCCACAGAGUAGCGGCAGCUGAGACCGCCAAGCACCAGGCCAAGUGCAACAUCUGUAAAGAGUGCCCCAUCGUAGGGUUCAGGUAUCGCAGUCUGAAACACUUCAACUACGACGUCUGUCAGAGCUGCUUCUUCUCUGGACGGACCGCCAAGGGACACAAGCUCAACUACCCAAUGGUGGAAUACUGUACGCCGACCACUUCAGGCGAGGACAUGCGUGAUUUCACCAAGGUGCUGAAAAACAAGUUCCGCUCCAAGAAGUAUUUUGCCAAGCACCCACGCUUGGGUUACCUGCCGGUCCAGACCAUUCUGGAAGGAGAUAACAUGGAGACUCCUGUCACGCUCAUCAGCAUGUGUCCGGAACAGUACGAACUUUCCCCGUCACCGCAGCUUUCUCAUGAUGACACUCAUUCUCGGAUAGAGCAGUACGCUAGCAGGCUGGCGCAGAUGGAACGCUCCAAUGGUUCUCUCCCCACAGACAGCAGCUCAGCUACAGGAAGCAUGGACGACGAACACGCUCUGAUCCUGCAGUACUGCCAGACACUUGGUGGGGAGUUGUCUCCCUGCAGCCAGCCCCAGAGCCCCGCCCAGAUCCUGCAGGCCGUGGAGAGGGAGGAGCGCAGCGAGCUGGAGCGUGUCAUCCAGCGCCUGGAGGAUGAACAGAGGAGCCUGCAGAGGGAGUACGAGCUGCUGAAAGAGCAGUACGGGGGCCAGCGGGGGCCCGGCUCUGUGGGCCACUGGGACCCUGAGGGGUCCCCUAACCCUGGCGGGCCGGACGAGGCUGACCUGUUGGCCGAGGCCAAACUUCUACGGCAGCACAAGAGCCGACUGGAGGCCCGCAUGCACAUAUUGGAAGAGCACAACAAACAGCUUGAGUCCCAGCUCCAUCGGCUCAGACAGCUACUGCACCAGCCGGAGAUAGACUCCAGGGUGAAUGGAGUGUCGCUCCCCAGCAUGGCAGAACAAGGGUCCCUCACGGAACACACAGAUGAGAUGUUGGACCACCCACACAACAGCAGCUCUGACCUGGCAGACGUUAUGGAACAGAUCAACAACUCCUUCCCUGCAUGCAGUCCUACAAGCCUCUCCUCGAGACCACAGGUCAUGUGAGGACCAUCAGCAAAGUUUGUGUCCGCGCAAGCGUGUUUUUGGAGAGACACAUGUACACUUUCCUUGCUUCAAGUUUCCGGAAGGGCAGAACCUAGCAGGAGACCCCCCCCCCCCCCUUAAAACCCAAAGACAGACAGGACCACAAAACGUUACUAUUACCACGUCGUAGUUGUCUUGUACUAUGCAAAAUGUAAAUUUUUUGAACAGUAGAUUGUACUUGGAGUCGGUUAAACAUUUGUCAGUGAUUUGUAUGAUUAUGCCCAUGAACAUCAUGAACUUGGGACUACGAGGCUUUGUAAACAUGCUUUUUGCGGGGAGGGGAUUAGAUUUUUGUUGUUUGCUUUAUGUUCUGCUUUUACUGGGAAUCAAACUGUUACAUGGCUUUUAUCCCACUGCUCUCCUCUGGUUAUGUUCUACCGCCGUCCUCCUGAAGAAUAUGGUCACUGUUUUUCCGUUGAUUUGGGAAAUAAUUCCCUGUUUUAAGAUAAUGGCCUCAAAUGAUAAUUUUAGACUCUUGUCUUUUAGACUGUCCAUAGGCUCCCUGUCCUCAAAGCAACACUUUUUAAUUGUUUUUUAUUUUAUUUGUUUACUUUUCCUCCCUUUAAAAUGUCAUGUGAUUCUGUCGACGUCGUCAUGCCAGCCACAAUUUUAACUUAACCCCUUCUGUGCCUAUACAGUUGUCAUUCCAAGUGUGGCAGACUGACUUUAACUUUGUGGAAAUUGUUAGAUUGUUGUGUAAAGGAAAAAGCGUCCGAAAAAAUAAAUCAAUUGAACCCAAAGCGGUUCCGAAACAACCAUGUUUGUAAGAAGGCCACUGUUGGUCAUUGUUUAGAAUAGUUUUAUAAAUCUGUGUGUAAAAAAAUCUGAAGAAAGCCAUGAUUGCCUUGCUACCUCAGACACAAACACAUUUUCAUUUUGCGUAGUCUGUAACUUGCUUCAUUUCCAUGUUACUGUACUUGCAACAAGAAAACAUCCUAAGUGUUAUGCUUAUAGAUGUGUACUGCUGUGGGGAAAUAUCCGGUUAGAGUAAAAAUAACAGACAUUCUAUAAUACUUCACUGUCAAUGGGUUGCUGCUCUCUGCACCACCCCAAAUCAAUAUACUGUAUUUGUAUGUGAUGAUUUCCAUUCAGACUUCUAGCACUGCUCCCUAUCUCGCUCUCCCUCUCUCUCUCUUCCCCCUCAAACACAGUAAUGCGUUGUGUUUUGUGCUAUGCUAUCCUGUAAGAGUUUUUAACAACACUACUAUAACCUCCAAGUAUGUCUUUGGACUGAAGAUUAUGGUGAUAAUAUAGCUGUAUCUUCUUCACUGAGGUAUGUAGUAUAGAUUGACCACACUACAUGUAAUAUGGCUACAUAUGUUUUAUUCUAAAUAAAUUUUUAUAACAGCU